CAACGGAACAACGUUAGCUCGUUUUUGCUCGUGCACGUCGUGGGAGGCCGGGCUGUCGAUAGCCCGCGCAUGCGCUGUAGUCGUUUCAAUUUACCACCCUCCCCCCCCCAACCCCCGCGCCUGCUACUAGUACAAAACACAGUGUAAACUCCCGUCACUGCGGACCGCUUUAUUUUCCUUCGUGUACGCUGUAGAGUGCUGACGUCUGUAAUUCACCGCGGAUCGACAUAGUAUUAACGCAGCACAAAACGUUUGAAUUUCUGCAUUAUAAAGAUGUCCAAAAAUCCAUUCAUGAACUGUAAGUCGCGUAAGCGACGUAAGAAUACAGGUCCAAUUCUCGAACCCAAAGAAAAACCAUUUUGUCCUCGCACAAUGGUGAGGUACGAUAAUACAAAAACCGUAUACAGCACUGUGUGGUCGUGUAAAAUGUGUCUAAAGGUCCUUUUGAGUGAAGAGGCUGCUCGGUCACAUGUAAUCAAUUGCAACGACAAAAAACAAAAACUAUUAAAACCUAAACAAGAGCCUAAAGAUGAUGUUGUUCUUCCUUAUAUAUGUAGCACCUGUAACAAGGUGUUUUCGAGGAGUGUUGCGUUGAAGAGACACGUUGAAGUGCAUCAAAAGCCACCUAGUGAUUUUGAGUCCGAAGAAUCUGAUAAUGAAAUGGCCGAUAAUGCUAAACGUGUAAAAAUUAAAGCUGAACAUAUAAAGAGAGAAUAUAUAGUCGAUUCUGAUUGAUUAAAUGACAGUGAUUUAAUCUAAUUUUAUUUCAUUGUGUUCAUAUUAUUUUAAAUUCAAUCAACUACCUAUUAUUAUUAUUUUUUUUUUUUUAAUUACUUAUGGCUAGGGCUCGAAAGUUGAUGCAUUUUGCAUUUUUUUAAUUUUUUUAUUUCCCUAU